UCCCACGGUGCCACCCGUAGACGACAGGAGCCGCAUCUGCGAUAAUUACCUUCCAAGCUUCAUUAUAGUUGCCUCUUCAAACUCCUUUCUCUUCCUAUCAGACUUCGAGCUCAAUUUCUCGUGCUCUUUGUCACGCGCGAGGGCGAAUUCCUGUAGAAUGGCAACCUCCCGCCCCUCAUCUGUAGUGGGUAGCGAUGCAGGGAGCAAAUUAUCAUUCUUUCGCAAUGCAUCCAACAAAGCAUCUGCAUAUCAUGCGCAGACACCCUACCUCAGAAGGCUUCCAUUCGCGGCAAUCGCAAUCAUCAUCAUCCUCGUCGCUGUGAACCUCCUUGUUUGGGCGGCAGUUGGUAUAGUCUUACACUGGCAUACGCCACUGAUCUCGACAGCAAUCCUCUCAUACACUCUGGGCUUGCGCCAUGCCCUGGAUGCAGAUCAUAUUUCGGCUAUCGAUCUCAUGACUCGCCGUCUCAUUGCUGCAGGCCAGCGGCCAGUGACGGUUGGAAUGUUCUUCAGUCUCGGACAUUCUACCAUCGUCAUCAUCACGUCGCUCAUCGUUGCAGGAACUGCAGCGGCUGUGUCAGACAAGUUUGACAAUUUCGAGCGUGUCGGUGGCAUUAUUGGCACUUCUGUCUCUGCUGCUUUCUUGUUGCUCCUUGGUCUUAUGAACAUCUACAUUCUGUACAAGCUCAUAGUACAGAUGCGAAAGAUGAUUUCGAGUGACCCUGGUAGUGAGCACGAACAGUUCAAGAUACAGGGCGGUGGUUGCCUCUUCCCGAUAUUGCAAAAGCUCUUCAAGUUGGUCGACCGACCCUGGAAGAUGUAUCCUCUCGGUGUACUUUUCGGGCUAGGUUUCGACACUUCUUCCGAGAUCGCUAUCCUAGGAAUAAGUUCGAUUCAAGCCACGAAGGGGACAUCAAUUUGGCUGAUUUUGAUCUUUCCACUGCUCUUCACAGCAGGCAUGUGCCUUCUCGACACCACCGAUGGUGCGCUGAUGAUGAGUCUGUACACAAGCACGCAACUUGCGCGCGACCCGAUCGCCAUUUGCUACUACAGCAUUGUGCUAACAGUCAUCACUGUGGUCGUCGCGACCAUCAUCGGGACAGUGCAGUUCCUCAAUUUGGUGCUUAAUGUUGCUGAGCCGCAUGGCAAGUUUUGGGAAGGCGUCGAAAAGCUGGGCGAUGCUUGGGAUAUAGUUGGCGGAGCUAUAUGCGGUACAUUCAUCGUUUUCGGUGGUCUCAGUGUUCUGCUGUACAAGCCUUGGAGACGUCGCAUCGAUAGGAAAAGAGUCAACAAUGCGCACUUUGAGCCAUUACCUCAGGAAAACGAUGCGCCUAGCUCAGACGAAGAGCACAAUCGAGGUAUCGUCGCAUCGAGUAGGACGCAGGCAAAAGCGGUGGAGGUGGACAUCGAGCCAGUAGAAGUCACAGACGCUGGUCCUGCACGUUGUUGAAAACUUUGUGUCGGCAGCACCAGAAGUUGCCCUUUCAAUUUGAUGUUACCCGACGGCCUGCCUAUAGCCUUUACCUCUUCCGAUCCCGAGUUCAUUGUUUGUCAAACUGCGAGCUCAUACAUGUCAAGUCGAACGUUCUCCCAGCGGAAUCUUUCGAAGACGCUAUGACGGCCUG